UAGGUCAUGUGUUCUUGGUGGUUUACAACAACGAGGGAACCCAACCGGGCAACUGUAUCCUAAUCACGCUUUGCGACAUAAUUUAAAAAAAACAUUCAAUACAUUCAUCUAAUCCCAGUUUUAAAUAAUAAACAGAGAUGUCCGGAAUACCACCAGAUUCUUGGCAGCCCGCCACUGUAUCGGUGGAGACAACUAUGGGAACUAUCGUGCUGGAACUGUACUGGAAUCACGCACCGAAAACUUGCAAGAAUUUCGCAGAAUUGGGCAGAAGAGGAUAUUACAACAACACAAAGUUCCAUCGCAUCAUCAAAGACUUCAUGGUUCAAGGGGGCGAUCCAACGGGAACAGGCCGUGGUGGUGCAUCAAUAUAUGGCAAGCAGUUUGAGGAUGAAUUGCAUCCAGAGUUAAGAUUCACUGGUGCUGGUAUUCUUGCAAUGGCCAAUGCAGGACCAGAUACAAAUGGAAGCCAGUUCUUCCUCACAUUGGCUCCUACACAAUGGCUGGAUGGGAAACACAGUAUUUUUGGACGGGUCUGCCAGGGCAUUGGGGUUCUUAAUCGCAUUGGCAUGGUUGAAACUAAUAGUCAGGAUCGGCCUGUGGAUGACAUUAAAAUUCUCAGAGUGACUCUACCUAACUAAGAAUUAUGCGUGUUUUAAAUUUCUGCUUUAUUUUUGUACAGCCAAGUUUUCAUAAAAUAUGCUCUCUGGAGUUUUGUGUUGUUUCAUAUUCUGAUGUGUCUGUGUUUUGAUCAGUAAUUCUUCUUCUUACUGGUCAGAAAUCAUUGUUUAAACAGAAUAUCUGGUCCUACAGUUUUUUUUUCUUCUGCUCAUUAUUUUGUGACCAGAUAUUAAGAUGAUGGGUUCAGCUCCUUAAUUUUCCCAGUGCAAAUCCAUGGCCACACGGUGGUGUAUGUAUAAAUGUUCAUUUCUACAGAGAAAUGGAAUAUAUGAACAAUUUCAGUCAGGAUUUAGGCCCCAUCACAGUACAGAGACUGCACUUAUCAGAGAUACAAAUGACUUGCUCUUAUCAUCUGAUCGCGGCUGCAUUUCUCUUCUAGUGCUUUUAGAUCUUAGUGCUGCCUUCGUCACGAUAGAUCACGACAUUCUCUUGAACAGGCUGGAGAAGUAUGUUGGCAUUAGUGGACUUGCAUUAGCAUGGUUUAGGUCCUAUUUGUCAGACUGCUACCACUUUGUAUGUGUAAACAAGGAAUUGUCAAAUCAAACAAAAGUUAAGGAUGGAGUGCCACAGGGAUCAGUUUUAGGACCUUUGCUUUUCUCCUUAUACAUGCUUCCCCUGGGAGAUAUUAUCAGAAAUCAUGGAAUAAGUUUCCACUGUUAUGCCGACGAUACCCAACUUUAUAUUUCUUCUAAACCCAAUGAAAAUUCACAAUUCUCCAAAUUAGCAUAGUGUAUCAAUGAAAUCAAAGAUUGGAUGGCCAGAAUUGUCCUUAUACUCAAUUCCAACAAAACAGAGGUACUAAUGAUUGGACCAAAAACCUCUAAAAAUAAGCAGCUAAAAUAUAAUUUGACUCUCGAUGGAUGUAUUAUUACGUUGUCUUCUUCUGCAAAGAAAUUAGGUGUUAUUUUUGAUACGAAUCUGUCCUUUGAAAAUCCAAUUUCCAGUGUUUGUAGAACAGCAUUCUUCCACCUGAGAAAUAUUGCUGAAUUACGACAUGUUUUCUGUUGCUGAUGCAGAAAAAUUAAUUCAUGCGUUCAUGACCUCAAGACUAGAUUAUUGUAAUGCAUUACUGGGAGGAUGUCCAGCAAGUUCAAUAAAUAAAACUUCAUUUGGUUCAAAAUGCAGCUGCCAGAGUGCUGACUAGAACCAAGAAAUAUGAUCAUAUUAGCCCAAAAAAUUAAAUUCUGUUAACUUAAUACAAAGCUUUGAAUGGUCUAGCUCCACAGUACUUAAUUCACUCUCAUUACAAUCACAAAAUUCUGGCUUGUUAAUAAUUCCAAUAAUAAUUCGGGAUUCAUAUCCCGAGGUCACCAGAGCCUGCCAGAUCCAGCUCCGUUCCUACUUGGUGUCGGACUCCACUGCUACGUGUCACUGAGAGAUGACGACAAACUACAGCCGGUGCUAGCCAGACAUCACUCCAGUUUUUUUACUUCAGAGGAUGAACUGAUGCCAGCUCCAACUGUAAGACAUUGGAAACUUCAUAUGCCACUGCCUGAACCUUGGAUUUAGGAUGGACCCCACCGAACUUCACCAAAAUGACCUGCAGGUUGAACUGCGAUGCACCUCAUUUAUCUCUGCCUGCACCACCUUUGUCUAUUGAUGGACUACACUCUUAAAUGGAAUACAUAGACCAUCAUUUAAUUGCCAACAAAAGUCUUCAUCAGCCAGCUAACAAAGGACAAUGCAUCUAUUUGAACUUCUGUAGUUAAUCCAAUAACUUCAAAGACAGUCAUUAAUCUUAAAGUUCAUUAAAAAAAGAAUAUGUUUUUUAUUUUUAAAACACUGGACCUUAACACUUAAUUUACAAAUUUAAAACCAUGACUUGCACUGCACACAAAUUACUAAUAUUGGCAUUAUAUUCAUGUUGUUUAGCCAGAAGGGAACUGGCCCCCACAGUGAGCCUGGUUUCUCCCAAGGUUAUUUUCUCCAUUAACCAACAUCUUAUGGAGUUUUGUGUUCCUUGCCACAGUCGCCUUAAGCUUGCUCACAAGGGUACUAAAUACAAUUGUUAUUUAAUUAAUUUCUAUACACAUUUUACAAUCACAUUUAAUCAAACUACACAAUGAUCACUGUAAGACAUUAUAGAUGUUACGGUUUCAUUUUAUUUUUUAUAAUGUAUGAUUUCCUGUAAAACUACUUUGAAAUGAUGUGUGUUGUGAAAAGCGCUAUACAAAUAAAAAUAUGAAUAUUGGUGAGAAACUAUCUUAUUGUUUUGUGUGCAUUCCUCUUCGUAUUGCCAGGUCCCAUUUUUAAAUGCAUCCGUUUGAUUCGAUAUAAAAAAUAAAUUUGUGCUGGUUUCAUCCAAUAUCACUUGAAUCCUGGGUUUGAAGUUUCAUGAUCCUAGAAAAGUUUUUUUUUUAUUUUUUUUUAUUGAAAACUCUUUAUUGUUUAACUUGCAACUCUGUCCAGGAUUAAAU